AUGAGUCAUCUGAGCCGAUCGACCGCGCCAUCACCGACCUCUGCCCUGCCAGCGCCGCCACCUCAAGCUUCAAGCCUGGCGUGUGCCUUGAGCGGGGCUUUUCCCCUCGGCAUUCUAGCAGCUGGUCUUGCCGGUACGGAGAGUUAUGGCAGACCCAAGCGGCGCUCCACCCCAACCGGGUCCAGAUCGUGCAUACGAACGGCUAUUCUCAAGAAAUCGUCGGUUUUCCUUUUGUCAUUCCACGCGUUUAUUGCCAACCCGGAUGAUAACUCUGUCGCCACUCUUCAUCCAGCGACUAUGGAGACCCUUGGUCUCUUUUGUGGGGACGCAGUCAUCGUUCGCGGGAAGAAGCGGAGGGAUACUGUCCUCAUCUGUCUCUCGAACGACGCAGUUGAGGAGGGACGUAUCCAAAUGAACAAGGUAGCUCGCAACAACUUGCGAGUCAAGUUAGGCGACCUCGUCAAUGUCCACUCUUGCCUCGACAUCAAAUACGGCAAACGCGUUCACAUCCUCCCCUCCGAUGACUCUAUCGAAGGUUUGAGCGGCAACAUUUUCGAGGUCUACCUCAAACCAUAUUUCCUCGAAGCUUACCGCCCCGUCCGAAAGGGCGAUACUUUCCUUGUCCGUGGAGGGAUGCGCACAGUCGAGUUCAAGGUUAUCCAGCUGAGUUUUGCAUUGUUGCCCAAGACACCGUUAUUCAUACGGAGGGUUGACGAGGAGUCCAACCUUGCGGAUGUCGGUUACGACGACAUUGACAGUUGCCGCAAACAGAUGGCACAAAUACGGGAACUCGUUGAACUCCUUCGCCACCCGCAACUCUUCAAAUCCAUUGGUAUCAAGCCUCCCCGCGGUAUCCUCAUGUUCGGUCCUCCCGGUACUGGCAAAACGCUUAUGGCCCGCGCUGUGGCAAACGAAACUGAUGGCUGGAGAAAGCGAAAGCAAUCUCGAAAGGCGUUUGAGGAGGCUGAGAAGAACUCGCCGGCUAUCAUCUUCAUCGACGAAAUCGACUCGAUUGCGCCUAAACGUGAAAAGACGAACGGAGAAGUGGAACGCCGUGUGGUUUCCCAACUUCUAACUCUUAUGGAUGGACUGAAAGCUCAUUCCAACGUUGUGGUCAUGGCCGCCACGAAUCGACCGAAUUCCAUUGACCCCGCCCUUCGUCGAUUCGGACGGUUCGAUCGCGAAGUAGACAUUGGAAUUCCCGACCCUACUGGUCGUCUCGAGAUUCUCCGCAUCCACACCAAGAACAUGAAGCUUGGGGACGAUGUAGACUUGGAACAGAUUGCUGCUGAUACUCGUGGCUACGUUGGAUCUGAUGUUGCAUCGCUGUGCUCAGAGGCGAUGCAGCAAAUCCGUGAAAAGAUGGACCUCAUUGACCUUGAUGGGGACACGAUUGAUGCUGAGGUUCUCGAUUCGCUGGGAGUGACGAUGGACAACUUCCGCUUCGCAUUGGGCAUUUCAAAUCCAACUGCUUUGCGGGAAACUGUUGUCGAAGUACCGACCGUCAAAUGGGACGAAAUUGGUGGCCUCGGAAAAGUCAAGCUCGAGCUGGUUCAAUGCCCCCGUCGAACAUCCAGAGAAGGACCCGAGCUGCUCACGAUGUGGUUCGGAGAAUCGGAAGCCAAUGUCCGGGAUGUUUUCGACAAGGCCCGCGCUGUUGCCCCGUGUGUUAUGUUCUUCGACAAGUGUGGAUCUGAGCUGUUGACAAACUGGCUUGACGAGUCGACAAAACCUGCGCUACCGGCCCGUCUGCUAUGUUCUUUGCUGAGUCGGACUCGACCGCCAAGGCCCGUGUGGAUCCUCUGGCGAUACUGGGGGUGCGGAGAUCUGGUCCUGAAUCAACCCCUUGCAGACACAGCUGCUAUGGACUUGAAGAAGAAUGUAUUCAUCAUCGGCGCUACCGACGGCUGCUACGACCAACUCAUCUAUAUCCCUUCCCCCAACUCAAGGUCCCGUCGAGAUGUCCUCCAGAAUAAUCACCCAUUGCACCCCAACUCGACUGGAACUCCUUGGCCAAGAGUCCCCAUCGCUUCUCUGGUGCCGACCUGA